AUGUCGACGAACCCGGCUACUUCGGAACUGAGCUACCUCAAGUCGCUUGUGAAGGAGCUGAACGAGAAGAUUGCUGUGCUUGAGGGCAAGCAGUCGACCACCCAGGAUGGUGUGCGCAUGGUGCUGAUUGGCCCCCCUGGCGCUGGUAAGGGUACGCAGGCGCCCAAGAUUCUGGACAAGUUCAACAACCUGGUCUGCCACCUGGCCACCGGUGACCUGCUGCGCCAGCAGGUGUCGCAGGGUACCGACCUUGGUAAGGCUGCGAAGAAGAUCAUGGACCAGGGUGGCCUAGUCAGCGACGAGAUCAUGGUGGGCAUGAUCAAGGACCAGCUGGAGACCAACACGGCCUGCAAGAAGGGCUUCAUUCUGGACGGUUUCCCGCGUACGACGCCGCAGGCUGAGAAGCUCGACCAGAUGCUGGACGAGCGCAAGCAGAAGCUUGACCAUGUGAUUGAGCUGCAGAUUCCUGACCAGCUGCUGAUUGCCCGCAUUACCGGCCGUCUGGUGCACCCUGGCAGUGGCCGCAGCUACCACAAGCUGUUCAACCCGCCGAAGAAGCCGAUGACCGACGACAUUACCGGUGAGGCGCUGGUCCAGCGCUCGGAUGACAACGAGGAGGCGCUCAAGAAGCGUCUGGUGUCGUACCACAAGCAGACUACUGCCGUGACGGAGUACUACAAGAAGCAUGGCAUCUGGUCGCCGGUCGAUGCUACGCAGUCGCCGAGCGUCGUGUGGAACUCGAUCAGUGCCAUCUUCGAUGGUGCGCGUGUGUAA